AGUGCAUAUCGGCGAGUCGAGAGGCAGGCGCUGCGGAAGGAAGAAAGUUGCAAACUCUUCCCCUCCUCCCUUCCCCCCGAUCGAGUGAUUCCACCAGGAAAGACACAAAAAGCGAGCACAACCCUCAGCCACGAUGAUGCAAAUUGUGGAUUCUUACAACCAAAAGCACUCGCUGUUCAACGCCAUGAACAAGUUUAUCGGCGCUGUCAAUAAUAUGGACCAGACUGUAAUGGUGCCCAGCCUUUUGCGGGAUGUUCCACUUGACGACAAGGAUAAAAGCGAAGUUAACGGCGUCAGCAGCAGUGGAGCAUCAAACUUCUACUCCGACCAGAGGGACAUGUACAGCUACUACGUUUUGCUCAAAUCCAUCAAGACCGACGUAGAGUGGGGUGUGGUGCAACUGGACGACAGAAAGAAAGACAAAGUCACCACCGUGGACAUUAGGGGGGAUGAAGCGGAAGGAGAAGAAGACUUGCAGAAACAAUUCCAUUAUCAUCUAAAUGGACUGUACACUGUUCUGUCAAAACUUACCAGGAAAGCUAACGUUCUGACUAACCGGUACAAACAGGAGAUAGGAUUCGGUAGUUGGGGGCACUGAACACAACACAAGAAAAUUGCAGAAACUAACCUCCCCAAUGAAGUUAGACGGAUCCUAACUGAGGUUGUAGGGUUAUUUUUCUGCUCCAGAAAGCGAUAGCAGCGCCGACUUAACGAUCACAUAAUCUGCCUUUUACUGUUUUUUCCCUUUGUUGCCGGGGGAAAGGGAGGCUUUGUAGGACGUACUUAUGAAGUAAACUUGCAAUCCAUGCAGCUAAAGCGUGGUUUUGAGCGGCUGCGCCGGUUGAGAUUACAUCAUCUUACUUUGUACUACUUUGUAUGUCAAUUGUAAAAUUGUAAGUGUCUCGAAUGCUAUUCUGUUAACUACAUUUUUGGAAUGCACAAAGUUGAAGCAUCAUAUUUUUCUUACAAUGUAUAUGGUGUGUAAAUUAGUUUUAAAAUAUCUCCAAGUCGAGAUUGUAAAAUCGCUAAUAUUGUGCGGCAAAACCAAGGGCCAACGACCGAAUAUUGUAGUUACUUGUCUAUAACUUACUUUGUGGAACCAACUGAACGUUUCUAUCUCCUGGCACGGAAUAAUGACGGGGUUCCACGUCUGUAUAAUCAACCUCUUUUUCUUAUUUUAAAAAAAAAGUUUUGUACAGGUUGGUAUAUGAAUUGUACAUGUAAUCAAAUU